AUGAUGCUAGCUAAACAUCAUAAACAUAGACAUUAUCGUUCUAUGCAAGAAAUAGAAGAUGAUAAUCUGCCCAUCCGAAAUUACUCUUUUCGAGUGCAACGAUUAUCACAAUCAGUGGAUUUAACUGAAUGGAUGACACCUGUUGAAAAUCAAGAAACUAUGGGAACUUGUUGUGCUAACACAUUUGCAGGUAUUUGUGAAUAUCAAAUAAAACGUACAAUGGAUCUUCCUUCAACACAGCAUUAUAUCGAUGUGUCUCGUUUAUUUAUGCAUUAUAAUGCCCGAAAAAGAUUUCAAAGAACAGGUCGUAUGUCAGACACAGGUGUUGAUCAGAGAGAUAUGGCUUUAAGCUUAAGAAAAUAUGGAGUAUGUGAUGAAACAUAUUGGCCUUAUAAAGCACGUUUAGUAAAUGUAAAACCAUCCUUAUUUGCAUAUAAACAAGCACAAAAAUAUACUGUUGUUUUGCUUCGUGUUCCAGUUAGUAUUGAAGCAAUUGAAACAUGUUUACAUUAUCAAAUACCAGUUCCUCUUGAUAUGAUAUUAGAUGAGGACACAGAACGAAAUAUUAAAUCGAAUAAGAAUUAUUUGAAUAUGCAUCAACUCAAUGAUCAUUUUAUAGAUGCCAAAAAGUUACAUACUGUCCUUAUUGUUGGUUAUAAUCACCCAGAACGAUAUUUCAUUAUAAGGAAUUCUUGGGGAGCAGAUUGGGCAUCUAAUGGAUAUUUUUAUUUGCCAUAUGAUUUUCUAUGGGAUCGUCGACGUGUCAACUAUGAUGAUUGUUUGUGGACUGUUAUGGCAAUGAUACCGCGUCCAAAAGAAAAGCUACCCAGUAUACGUCAAUUAGUACUACCCAGCAAUAAACGUCGUUAUUCAUCAAAGAGCUACAGAUGA